AGGAUGACUUUGUAGCUGCCGAAACACUGCUCAACUUGUACUGUCACUGUGAUAAUAAGUGUGAUGAGAAGAGAGAACAACACAUAAAGCAAGACGUUUUUAUAAACGAAACGGCUGUUUCAUUCAACGAGAUACCUGUAGUUGAACCAGUUCGAGAUUUUGGUACACAGAUGGGCGAACCAUUAAGAGAUUUUGGUACACAGACUUUAGGCAAAGACGAGCUUUCAAGAAAUUUGUUCUUGGACAAUGUAAUGAAUGAAAAGAAAACGUAUCACUACACAGGAAUAAGCAAAGCAUGUUUAGAAAUGAUCUUUGGAGAGAUCGAAGAUAAAGCUCGAAGAAUCCACAUGUGGAAGGGGAAMAAGAGGACUCMCAAACAAUCAUUACACAAGAAAUAUUGGAAGCAAAAGAGWGCAUUUUCAAAGUUGUCAACAAUGGAACAGUUUGUCUUCACACUUGUCAAGCUGAGGAGGAAUACCACCCUGGAAAUGUUAUGUGACAUCUUUGGUAUAUCCASAACUGUUGGGAGUAGGAUUUUUACCACAUGGGUUUUAUUUUUGGCAAAGGAACUGGAUUUCCUUUUAUGUUUUGCUAGUGUAAAAGAUCUUCUUCAMGUUCCAAAACCACAAUCAUUGAAAGAAAUCAAGAACCUAAGAGCAAUCAUUGAUUGUACAGAGUUUUUUAUUGAGACCCCUUCUAAACCAUCCAGUCAAAGGUCUACAUAUAGUCAUUACAAGUCACACAAUACAUUUAAAUUAUUGAUAUCAAUUUCACCUGUGCCCCAUAUUAACUUUGUGUCUCAGCUAUUUACUGGUAGCAUUACUGAUAAGGAAAUUUUAAGUAUGAGUGGUUUUGUAGACAAGUUGAAUGUAGGUGAUGUGGUAAUGGCAGAUAAAGGUUUUAACAAAGGUUUUAACUUGUUGGUAAAACAGGGAUGUCAUCUUGUUGCUCCACCAGUCAUGAGUAAAAACAAUAUAUCUGCUGAAGCAAGUACWGCAACUAGACGUGUAGCAACUUCAAGGGUUCAUAUAGAAAGAGCAAUUAAAAGGUUGAAAGCAUUUGGAAUUCUGAAAGGAGUUUUGUCUCUUACAUACAAGCCAUAUUUAUCCUCAAUUGUA